AUGAUGAGGGGGUUUUGGGUAAGAAGGUUAUUGUUGACCUUAAGAAAUGCGGUGGGUCGAGAAACACGGUUCACAACAUUGAGCCAAUUGCAUUGGAUGAAUUGUAGCAUUAAAGCCUUAAAGGUCAAUGGCAUUUUAAAAUGCAAGGUUGAUAAGGGUGUUUUCCAGGAAUUUAUGGACAUGUUUUCAGUGACAGUGAAGAAAUCACCUGUAGCAUACUUCUUGGAGAAAGUUGGCAAUGGAAAUUCUUUAUGGAACACAACAACUCUUGGGGAUGAAAAAGGAAGAGAACGGGUUUAUGACACUAUCUUCCGCUUGCCAUGGAGAUGUGAAUUGCUUAUUGAUGUUGGCUUCUUUGUCUGUUUCAAUUCCUUUCUGUCAUUGUUAACUGUGAUGCCAACAAGGGUGGUAAUGAUCGUUUGGAAGCUUCUGAAAACAAGGAAUUUCAAGAGGCUGUCUCCAGUUGAAUUGUCGGAUUUUGGCUAUUUUAUUAUUAUGGCUUGUGGAAUCACUGUUUUGCAGCAAAUAGAUAUCAGCUUCAUAUAUCAUAUAAUCCGUGGUCAAGCAACAAUCAAACUGUAUGUGAUCUACAACGUCUUAGAGCGCAGUCACCUACAUUCCAUGGGGUUGGUAGAUUGCUGGAAUAUUUCUGAUAAAGGGUGUUGUGAAGCUGUGAGAAAGCUUCUGCGAUUAGAGAUGAUUGAUAUUUUACUUACCAACUUACACAAAGACUCUCUCAAAAUCCUUGGUCGAUCUUGCCCUCUUUUGAAGUCACUUACAUAUUCUAUUGAAAGGUCGUUGGAAUAUCGUGAGUAUAAUGCUAUAGCUUUUGUUAUCGCUGAAACUAUGUUUGAAUUACUUCGAUAUAGCAGAAGACGAGUUUAA